AUUCGCCAAGUGCCUCCGUGCUCUCCUUCACGCCUCCAGCACAAGGACGGGAUGUCGACCGGCUCGUCGACGCCGACCCACGGGCAAGGUGCGCCUUCGUAUGCAUCGACAUCCGCGACGCCCUUUCUCGGCGUGACCCGAUCGAGGACGCUCCUGUUCCUCUCGUAUCGGGACUCCGUGCCGCGAGGGCCCCGGAGCCGCAACGGGGCGAGGGGAGGGCGAGGCGGUUUCGACUUUGACGUGAAUGGAGGUGGAGGGAGCGGUCGGAGCAGUGGAGAAUAUGGGGACGGAGGCAAGGGGAAAGGAAAGGCCAAGGCUGUGCCGCCCAAGAGACGAGCUCGAGGGGCGUACUUUGAUGCCUCUGGCGAGCUCAAGGAGGAAGAGGAAGAAGGACUCAUGGCUGAGGAUGCCGCCAACAGCUAUCCGCCGCCCGCUUACAGCGUUGAUAUGGGUGCACUGCCGCCCAAGUGGGUCGAUACGACCGAUGAGGUCGACUCAAUCCUCAAUACCUUGAGGCCCAAGAUUGCCCAGCUUGACAAGCUCCAUGCCAAGCACAUCCUCCCAGGCUUCACCGAUCGGACGGACGAGGAACGAGAGAUAGAGAGAGAAACGACAGAGAUCACCAGGGAAUUUCGGAAAUGUUCGAGGCUGAUCGCCAAUCUUUCCCAAGAUACCAAGCUCCUCGCUCGUUCUGGAAAGUCGUCGGCCAGGGAGAUUGCUAUGGCGCAAAACGUUCAAACGGCCUUGGCGACAAGAGUCCAGGACGCCAGCGGCGCGUUUCGCAAGAAGCAGAGCAAUUACAUGCAGCGACUGCGAGGACAUGAGAUUCGGCAUCAGGACAUUCAGUCUCAGAGCGGUAUGGGCGGCGGCAACGCUGCCCAGGCCAAGGCUAGAGACAAUGAAACGGCGGUCCGUGAGGACAUGGAGCUGUCACGACAGCAGCUCGCAUCUUCAAAGUCAAACCAGUCCCAGUCACAAGCACAGCUCCUACUCGAUGAGGAGGCGGCACCCACGCUGGCAGACGACGACAUUGUGCAACGAGAUCGAGAAAUUGACCAGAUCGCAAAGAGCAUCGCCGAGCUUGCUGAGCUGUUCCAGGACCUGAGCGCCCUCGUCAUCGACCAGGGCACGAUGCUGGACCGGAUCGAUUUCAAUAUCGAGCACAUGGGCCAGGACAUGAAUGCUGCCGUCGAGGAGCUUGGCAAAGCAACACAAUACCAAAAGAGAACAUCGCGAGGCCAGUGCAUCCUCUUCCUGAUCCUCCUCAUCUUUCUCUGUAUCACCAUCAUCAUCGUCAAGCCCUUUUGGAGAUACAUUACGGCGCCUACUUCUGCCGCCCCUCCUGCUUAACCAAUCGGAAGACAAUCAAAUGAUAUCAUG